CGAGAGACAAGAGAUCUCAUCGUCGGUGGUAACGGUCAUUUAGUGUUUGUUUAAAAUUAUAUGAAGGUGCUUAUAAAAAAGGAGGAAAAGGAAUAUAUAGAUAUUGCCACAUGUAUCGUACUAUGUAUUAAGAAACAUACACAAUGUUUGCUCUCGUAUUAUUCAAUGAUGGGAUCUAUCAUAUUUGUAAAUCAGAAAACGUUAAAAAAAAUAAAAAUGAAUGUGUGGCAAAAUAUAAAAAUGUCAAGUAUACUUGUCGGAUCAUAGCACAACAUAAAAAUAUUACUGUACUUAAUGAUAUUAAGCAUUCUUUAACUAACCUGUGUGUACCUAAAAUUAUAUUACAACGUGUUACUUUGCCCAAUGUGCACAAAAAACAAAACUUGCUUCAAAUCCAGAAUCAAGAAGCAUGUCUUGAUAGUAAUACUAUGGAAGACAGUAGUGAAAAUGUUUGCGAUGAGGAUCCAUCUUAUGAAUCAUCAAAUAAUUCAUCAAAUAACAAUUUUGUUGAACCUGUGAUAGAUCAGGCAACAAAUUCUGUUCCUAAACAAACUAAUAAUUCAACAAAUACUUCUAAUCGAUUACAUAUAUCAAUGUCAAUAAAUGUACCAGACAAAAAUGUCCAAGAUAACAAUGGAAAUCUCAAUGAAGGAAUUUUUAAUAGUAAUACUAUAGGAGAGAAAAUUGAAAAAAAUGUUUACAAUGAGGAUCCAUCUUAUGUAUCAUCAAAUAAAUCAUGUAGUGAAAAUUUUGUUGAACCUGUGAUAGAUCAGACAACAAGUUCUGUUGCUAAACAAACUAAUAGCUCAGCAAAUAUUUCUAGUCUAUUAUCAAUAUUGAAUACAUCAGACAUAGUAACGUCAUUAAAUAUAUCUGACAUAUCAACGUCAGUAAAUAUAUCAGACAUAGAUAUCCAGGAUGAAGUAAGAAAUCUCGAUGAAGAUAAAUGUUCAUGUAACUGGCAUGGCAAUGUAUUGGAAGUAUAUAAAGAUUGCGACUUAUUUGAACCCACCAUUGUAGAAGAUAAAAUUUCUAAACAUUCUGAAAUAAGUGCACCUGUUUCCACUACAGCAUACCUCAAUAAUAAUAAUAUUAUACAAGACAUUUCAAAAAAUAUUUAUGAUAAGAAUCCACCUUAUGUAUCAAACACAGAAGAAAAUUUUAUUCAAUCUGUAGAUGAGACAACAAAGUAUGUUACUAAAGAAUAUAACAUGUCAUCUACAUCAUUAAACAUAUCAGAUAUAGGCAUUCAGGAUGACGAUGGAAAUCUCAAUGAAGCGUGUCUUGAUAAUAAUACUAUGGAAGACAACAUUGAAAAUGUUAGCGAUGAGGAUCCAUCUUACGUACCAUCAAACACUUCGUCUAAUGAAAGUUUCGUUCAACCUGUGAUGAAUCAGACAAGAAAUUCUUUUGCUAAAGAAACUAACAGUUCGGCAAAUACUUCUAGUGGAUUAGACAUAUCAAUGUCACUAAACGUAUCUGGGAAAUGUGCUCGGGAUGACACUGAAAUGUUUGUUACAUCAGUUGGUGCAGGAAACAAGAAGCAUUUCUGUAUGUAUUGCAAUACGUUUCAGAGCAAAAUAGCUCGUCAUCUUGAGAGAGUACAUGCGAAUGAAUUAGAAGUUCAAAAAUUUAAACACAUGCCAAAAGGGAAUGCAGAACGAAGAAAGAUCUUAGAAACGAUACGUAGACGUGGAGAUUUCUAUUUUAAUACCGAUUGUGCACGAAAUGAUGGUGAAUUAUUAGUAGAAAGACGUUCAAAGAAAGAAUACAACAGGAUACCUUCUGAAUACGUCGUAUGUCCAAAAUGUAAAGCUUUCAUUCUAAAAGUUACAAGCAGACAUCACUAUCAAAGAUGCAUUAAAGAAAUGAUUAAAGUUAAAGAUAAUAGAUCAAUAUCAAUUUUAGGAAGACAAAUAAUAGGACGUAUACAUAAUGAGGCAAGCAAUGCUCUAAGAUUACGAGUUUUCCCACUUUUACGAGAAGAUGAUAUAGUAAGAAAUAUCCGUUACGACGAACUAAUAAUAGCAUUUGGUAAUCAACAGUGCGAAAAAUAUAAAACAUCUGAACACAAUGAUACAUUGAUUAGACAAAAAUUAAGAAGAAUGGGUCGUCUGCUUCAAGUAAUAAAAUGUAAAAAUUCUGAUAUUACGGAUUUUGCUUCCAUUUACUUCCCCCGAUACAGCAAUACUUGCAUUGAAGCAAUUAAUACGUUAGCCGGUUUAUCUUUAUGUGGAAAAUUUUUCAAAACUCCUUCACUGGCUUCUGGACUUGGAGGUUUACUAAAAGAAGUGGGUAAACUUUUAAUCAAUCGAUGUAUUAGAAAAGAAGACAAGGAAAGGAAGUUACGUGCUGAAGACUUUUUGAAAGUAUUUACCGAAGAUUUUGCAACACGUAUAUCAAAAACAAUAUCAGAAACAAUGACUAGAAAUCUAAGACGUAAAAAGAUUACGUUACCCUGUAAAGCAGAUAUUAUUAAGCUUCAUAAUUUUCUAAAACAAGAACGUGAAACAGCUUAUAAUUUUUUGAAAGAAAAGUUCUGCUAUGAUGCAUGGCUUUCGCUUACGAAAUCUACAUUGACUUCAGUACAAGUGUUUAAUCGUCGUAGAGCCGGAGAGAUACAAAGGACGUUAAUCGAGGAUUAUAAGGCGUAUCAAGGUAUUAAUUAUCAGACAAACGACAUGUAUAAAGCGCUUUCAGCACGUGCCAAAGAAAUUGCUAAAAGAUAUGUGCGAUUUACCCUCAGAGGUAAACUUGGACGAACGGUACCAGUCUUACUAACAGAAGAAUUAAGAGACUGCAUCGAAAUGAUUUUAAAGCAUAGAAAGGCUGCAAAAGUUUCUUCGAAGAAUCCAUACCUAUUUGGUCUUCCUUCGCUUCAAAAAGAUAAACACCGAUAUCUUUUAGCGUGUGAUUUAUUACGGCAAUAUGCAGUAGAUAGUGGCGCAGAAAAUCCAGAAACUAUUCGUGCGACUGAAUUACGGAAGCAUAUAGCAACAAUUUGUGUUCAUUAUAAUCUAUCUGAAAAUGAAGUUUCAACGCUUGCAAAUUUUAUGGGCCAUGCCGAUAAAAUUCAUUUAUCUCACUAUAGACAACCUGUUAUUGAAAAAGAAAUCUUAGAAAUAUCUCAAUAUCUGGAAGCCGCACAAGGAGCCGAUAUAAAUGAAAGUGAUAGUAAUGAUGAUUCUGACUCUGAACUUUCAGAUGUUGAAAAUACAGCGAAGACUACAGAAACUCACGAUGAUACAAUUAAUAAAGAAAUUGCAUCUAGAAAAGUCAUUCGAGAUUUUCAACAAGGUACUUUAUUCCUUCACAAAUAAAAUUUAAUUUUUUAAAUCACAUUUUAGUCAAGUAGUGAUUAAGGAAUGAAUCUAAUUUAAAACUUAAGAUCAUAUUGGUUUCUUUGAUAUAAGAGAACAUUCGUAAUUUGAUUUUAUAUUUAAGGCUGUCUUAAGUUUAUUUUCAGAUGAUAUGUAGUAUAUAAUAAAACAGCGUUUACAGUAUCUGUUCGUGCGAGUGUGUUGCCGAGCGUGCGAACCGACAUGCACGCGCCAUCUCUGAGAUCGCGGCGUCGCUCAGAGCAUCGAUUGAUAGCAAUCAUAUUGAUUUCCGUUUAGAUCGAUAUCUGAUUAGCGCGGUCGUCCCGUCACUUCCGUAGUGACGAGGAAGAAGGAAGCAUUCUGGAGUAAUCCUUGAGUCAGUGUACACGUGUUCUGUAUCGCUCUCAGUAACGUAUCAAAUAAUAAGUCGUUCAAGUCAUCGUAUUAUAUCUCGUAUAUUAAUUUUCUGUCUAUCGUGACGAAUUAGUUGUGUACAUUUGUGAUUGUGCGGAAUAAAAAAGACCAUUGACUGUUACGAA